AUGGACCGGGAGUGGUCCGUUACAGGUCCGUUACUGGAUGUAUUCCCAGACCCGAUUUUUUUGUUGAAUCCAGUUAAAACUCUCUCGCGUCUGCCGACCGCCCCCUCCCUCUCUCGCUCCCUCUCGCUCCUCUCCGCCGCCGUUCCCCUCGCCCUCCUCCGCUCCGGCCACCUCCUUCCCUCCUCCGGCGAGGGAAAGGGGUGGGGCCCGCCGCCACCGCGCCCCUCGCCUCCCUCCUCUCUGCGUCCUCCACUCCGGCCGCAUCUUGCCCUCCUCCCCUCCCCUCUCCGCCGGGCACCGGGAGGAGCCUCACCACGUCACCGCCUGGAAGGGACCUCCUUGCGGUCCCCUUCCCCUCCAUCGCCGCCAUCCCCCGCCAACGGCCCUCUUCUCCCCGUCCCCUCUCUCAUCCCGCGGUGUCCAAUCCUAGAUCCCGCCGGUGACCUCUCCCUCCCUCCACACCGGUUAGUCUCCGCUCGUGUCUCUGCCGCCUCCGGCGCCUCCUACACCGAGGUACUUGCCUGUCUUGUUGCGUCCUCCUGUGGCGAGUUCACGAAUCUAUUUACAGUGCUGAAGGUAUCUGUAAAAGAAGAUAUCGGAAAUGAGUUUUCUGUGAUUGUUUGUUUGUAUGGACCAAAUACAGACUUGGUGAUUGAUCAGAAAAGGGAAUUGCAGAUUCAAUCACCAUCUGGUUGUUUCACUUCAAUCGGAGGGUCAGCCUUGGGCCCUCAAUUUGUCGCUGAGGCCCUUGCACCUGAUAACCCUCCAUUGAAGUACGAGUUUGGGCUGAGGUCCUGCUUCAUGACAACUUUGAGCUUAUUAUUGCAAGAGUCUGCCUUGGCUAUAUCACCCUUUCUACUCUACGCCCUUGUAUCUCAGAUGGGGUCACAAAUGAAGAAACGAUUUUUGACGAGCAGACAGCCAAGGCCCUGAAGAAGAAGCCAACAAGGAGUCAUCGGAUGACCCUUCCGAGGCCCAAAGCGCAGACACACCAGCAGGAGGGAUGGAGGCGAGCGUGUAGCAGGUACCGUCAAUGCAAACUACACAACCAGACUUGCCUUUGAUCUGCCCGGACAGUGCGAAGAGGCCAAGGUAAUCGGUGAUGGUGACAAAGAUUAUGGCUUUUUAGAGUGAACUCCUUUACGGAUGAAUCCAUCAUUUUGACCUCACCGUCGCAUAGCAUCUUCAUGUCCUCUAUGAGUGGCUUCAAGAACACAUUUGUAACGUCCCGCCUCUCCGAGAUCGGGCCCGCUUACAUCUGGCAGCUUUCUAGGAUAUAGACUACCCUCAUAGACCAACACAAGUCUUUUCUGCACACUUUGUUCUCACUUGUGCGCACCCGGAAAUAACUUUCCGGUCGGUCACUCAUCCCUAAAUUGCUCCAGGCCAAGCACGCUUAACCUCAGAGUUCUUUUGAGAUCGGAUUCCGGAAAAGAAGUUGCAACUUGUUAGUAUGAGUAUCCUAUUAAUCCUAUUAAGCACUGGGCCGGGGUGUCACAUACUCACCCCCUUGAGUGACCGACAUCCUCGUCGGUCAAUUCCAAGCCAGUAACGUCCUCUCUUGGCCACGUCCCAUACGUCUAGUGCCAACAGCCCAUGUACCACGUCUGUGCGUCCAUUGGCAAUGGUCUCUGUGCCAUGUUCGUGCAUCUAGUGCCAACGGCGCAUCCUAAAUGUUCGCGCACUGACCCGCCACGCGCCCGUCCACAUGCCGGUGGCAUCUGCGUCCCCACGCGUCCGUGCUCAUGUCUGCGCACUGACGCCCGUACAUGCUCGUGAAAUCGCGAGAUUCGGCUCUGAUACCAUUCUGUAACGUCCCGCCUCCUCGAGGCCGGGCCCACUUACAUCUGGCAGUUUUCUAGAACAUAGACUGUGUUCACACACCAAUACAAGUAUUUUCUGCACACUUUGUCCUCACUCGUGCGCACCCGUGAAUAACUUUCCAGUCGGUCACCCAUCUCUAAAUUGCUCCAGACCAAGCACGCUUAACCUCAGAGUUCUUUUGAGACCGGCUUCCGAAAAAGAAGUUGCAACUUGUUGGUAUAAGUAUCCUAUUAAGCCCUGUGCUGGGGUGUCACAAUAUUUAUAUCAUUGCAUGGCUGCUUCAGGCCAGAAAUAAGCAUGGUUAGUAAAAGAUAUACCUACACUUUAGGCAUAGAUAGGGAGGUAGGUUGUAGAUGGUCAGGAUGACCAGUAAGUGUUGUGGGAGUUGCUGAGGUCACCGAAUGGAUUCAUCCCAUCGGUACUUAGUGCGAACUUGAUGUUCCUCACCUCGUCACUAAACUCCUUUGCGAACUUGGCAGUGAAACUAUUCCAUUGCUUGCCAUCGGAGGGGUGUCGUAGUUUGCCAUUGCCCUUGAUGUGUUCUGCCGAUGCAUGCCACGACAUCAGAUUGGCAUCCUUUGGGUUCCCGAAUAGCGUACGCAAGUGAUUGAUCACAGCGAGAUACCACACUGACAGGGCAGGACUUUUUCUCUGCACGUAGCCCUCUUCUUCCUCAUCCUCAGGAACUGGGAUCCUACUUAGCCGUCUUCUUCUGCCUACUCUUGGGUCCCUCGUCAUCCAUGUUGGCAUGAUAACUGGCAUUCCUCUUGUACCGACUCGCGCCACAGUGCGGAUAGCUCUGCAAGUUCUCAUACUUUCCCCGAUACAGGAUACAGUGGUUAGUCCAAGCAUGGAACUUUUUAAGCUUCAUCGACACUGGCCGGAUCAUCUUCUUUGCUUGAUAGGUGUUGGCAGGCACUUGUUACCAUCAUAAUAUGUGCCAGCAAGCAUACAUAAUAGGUCGUUGAAGCUAGUGUCGGACGACCCAUGUUGAGACUUCAGCAUCAGCAAUUGGAGGUUAAAACGCAAUGUCGUUCAUUGCUUCGAACAAUCCUUAUAAAGUGGAUCAAUUGCCGCCUGCUUCAUGUUCUUAAAAUUCUUGAGCCACUUCAGAUACCCAAAUAGAACAUCAUCUUGGUCCAUACAGUUAGCAAGAUUCUCAAAAAUCUCUACAUCUUCAGACCCCAACAAAUCACCCUACUCAUCACCAUCCCCAUCACCAUCAUUGCCUACCAUGUCUUGGAGAAGUUCAUCAAUGUUGACGUAAUCACGAUUCGCACUGUUGCCACCCGUUGUUGUUGAUGAUGGUGAGGGUGGUUGUCCUGUUCGAUUCACCGCGAGGGCAUCGAAUAGUUUCGUUCGGAUGCACUAGUGACACUCGAAUCUACUUCAUCGUGAAACUUCCAGAUGGUGUAAUUCUCGACAAAACCAUAGCGUACCAACUGAGAUCUCACCACGCUAUCUUCGUGGAGACGAUUGUUCUGGCAUCUAUUACACGGAUAAAUGAUGCGCUCCUGACCAAGACUCAGAUGAUGCUUUUUCGUAGCGAGAACAAAUUUCCAUAGCAAGAUCAAUGUCUUCCUGAAGAAGGCUUCCUAUGGAAAUCAAUCCACCGGCAACUUCUUACAUCAUGCAUAUAUUAGUAACCGUUCUUGGAAAGUGAUUUCCACGUGCAAUUGAUUGAAUAAGCAACGCCAAUGGAAGUCUCUUUCCAGCAAAAAGAAAUUAUAUAUUCAUCAAUCGUCACAGAUUACCAGAGUUGAAGUAGCAGUAAUAUACACAAAAAGAACUUUGGGUGACAAGCAGGCGGGUCCGGGCAAUGCGCCAAAGUUUAAGCGAGAAGGCAGCAUAUUGACGCAAGGCAACAACUGUUGAAUAUGUGUUGAAUAUAUGAAUGAGUUUGAUACGAGACUUGUAUUGUGUUUAGUAUAAGUUAGAGUUCAUUUCAAACCCCGUAAUCCGGAUAUUUCCAUAACUAUGAGAGGAGUGUUGCUUUUCAAACCGUGACGAUAUUAGAGAAAGGCUUGUAGGGCCAAAGGGCCUGUAGCCUAGUGGUUAAAAGAGCCUCGGUAGUACCUGAGGUCCUGAGUUCGACUCUCCAUGGGAGCGAAUAUUCUUGGGUUUAACAGCAUUGUGCAUUUAGUGGUAGGCGACGUUCCCAUCGAUAGCGAGCACCUGUCGUGACUUCGUCAAUCUCGAGAAUUUGCCGGCUCAGUUUUCGAAGAUGAUCAUAGAGGUAGGGUUUGUGUACGUAUAUUCAUAGGGUGAGUAUGCGUGCGUUGUGAGUGUCAGAUUUGUACUGUGUGAUCUAAAAAAAGAAAGGCUCAGGGGGAGCCGGCACGAUGCCAGUGCCAACAAUCAAAAGCAGACGGUGUGGCAAUAAAUUUUCAUCACAGAUUGUUGAAAAACCA